AUGGACGACAAACCGAUCGCGGUGGAUCCACAUGUGUAUCUCCCCAAGGAUGCCAACCUUGAGGACUGGCAGUCAGAAACCACCUCGAUCGGCUCCUCGAUCCACCGGGGUAUCCUGGAAAAUGGGCGCCGGUACCAAGCGCUGAGUGACAAGGGCUAUAUUAUCCCAUCCGAUGAGCAGCAGUUCGAGAGCUAUGAGGCAGGGCAUCUCGUAACCCUCAUGCUCGAUCUGGACCGGGAAAAUCCCUUCUUCCGGGCUCCAAUCGUGGAACCACCCCAGAAUAUUCUGGAUAUUGGAACCGGCAAGGGGAGCUGGGCUGUGUAUGAUGCCCCCGGAUAUCAUCUUGGUCGGAUGCUAACUGGAUCGUCCAGCGAUGUCGCCGAUAUGUUCCCAGAAACUUCGGUCCGCGGAGUCGAUUUGUACCCGCCUCCGGUCACUUGGAUGCCACCGAACUGCACCCUCGAGGUAGACGACGUGCUCCAGGAAUGGACCUGGACCGAAAAGUUUGAUCUCAUCCAUCUGCGCAAUAUGAUUGGGUCAUUCAACGAGCAGGAGUGGGAGGUCGUCUACAGGAGAUGCUAUAACGGCUUGAAACCUGGUGGGUGGAUUGAGCAGCUGGAAUCGAGCCCACACAUCGAGGCAGACGAUGCAAGCAUCAAACCAGAAAGCCAGCUGAAGACUUGGGGUGACAACAUGAUCAGUUGUGGCACCAAGGCCGGUCGGGCCUGCGACACGAUGGACACUAUGGCUGCGGCCAUUCGGAAGGCUGGGUUUGUCGAUGUACGUGAGCGGAAUUACAAGCGGCCGAUUGGUCCGUGGCCCAGAGACAAGCAGCUCAAGGAAGCGGGUAUGAUCAACUAUGAGCACUGGUCCCGAGGCUUGGAGGGUUGGGGGAUGUGGUUGCUGACCAACUUUGGAUCGCCGCAUGCCUGGACUAAGGAGGAAGUACAGGUGUAUGUGGCGAAGCUGCGGAACGAGCUGAAGGAUCCGCGCUGUCAUCCCUAUCAUCGAUCGUACGUGUUGUCCCUGGUUGUUAACUGA